GUUAGAGUUGUGUCUUGAGAUUCGUGGUGAAAAGUUGAUUUGUUUGCUUUGUUCUUUCGGAUUUUUUUUCUCUCACUUCCUUACUCACUCAUUCAUUGAAUGGAAUAAUAUUGACAAUAUAUAGAAGGAUUAAAAAUUAUUUAAAAUUGUUCGAGUCAUUAACACGGAUUGACAAUGUGUGAAGAAUAUUAACAAAAGAUGACAAGGAGAACUUAUGUUCCAUUACAAACUCCAUAGAAUGUUAUAAAGAAGUGAAAUAGAAAAGAAAGUACUGAAUUUGAAGUGAAGAUGUUAUACAGAAGGAAAGAGUUGUAGUCAUGAAUAAUAUUUUAAGUGAUUCAGAGAAUCGUGUCGUAUUGAACGUUGGCGGUAUUCGUCAUGAAGCAUAUAAGGCAACGCUUAAAAAGAUUCCAGCUACUCGAUUAUCUCGCCUUACCGAACAAUUAGCGAAUUAUGAUCCGGUACUUAAUGAAUAUUUCUUUGAUCGUCAUCCGGGUGUGUUUGGACAAAUUCUGAAUUAUUAUAGAACUGGAAAACUCCAUUAUCCGACUGACGUGUGUGGACCCUUGUUUGAAGAAGAGCUCGAGUUUUGGGGCUUAGAUUCGAAUCAAGUUGAGCCAUGUUGUUGGAUGACAUAUACACAGCAUCGAGAUACACAAGAAACAUUAGCAGUAUUAGAGAGAUUAGAUUUAGAUACAGAGAAGCCGACCGAGGAGGAAUUAGCUAGAAAAUUUGGAUAUGAGGAAGCAUAUGCGAAAGGGAAAGUUAAUUGGUGGCAACGUCUUAAGCCCAAAUUAUGGUCCCUUAUGGAUGAACCGUACAGCAGUAAUGCCGCAAAGAUUGUUGGAAUUAUAUCUGUCUUUUUUAUUUGUGUAUCAAUUGUAUCGUUCUGCCUGAAAACUCAUCCAGAUAUGCGUGUUCCUGUGAUUAGAAAUAUAACUGUGAAAACAGCAGACCAAGGCUUGGCCUGGACAUUAGAUAAACAGCAAACAAAUGCUCAUGAAUUUUUCUUUUAUAUUGAAUGUGUUUGCAAUGCAUGGUUUACCUUUGAAAUUUUGAUACGCUUCAUUUCAUCACCGAAUAAAUGCGAAUUCAUUACGUCACUUGUCAACAUAAUUGAUUACAUUGCAACUGCAAGUUUUUUCGUCGAUCUCUGUCUCCAAAAAUUUGCAUCACAUCUAGAAAAUGCUGAUAUCCUAGAAUUCUUCUCAAUCAUACGUAUUAUGAGGUUAUUCAAAUUGACACGGCACUCGUCUGGACUGAAAAUCCUGGUUCAAACGUUCAGGGCAUCAGCAAAGGAGUUGACUCUAUUAGUGUUUUUCUUAGUAUUAGGUAUCGUUAUAUUUGCUAGUCUUGUUUAUUAUGCGGAGAGAAUCCAAACGAAUCCGCAUAAUGAUUUCAAUAGCAUUCCACUUGGAUUAUGGUGGGCUCUAGUAACAAUGACAACAGUCGGAUACGGUGAUAUGGCACCAAAAACAUACAUAGGAAUGUUUGUUGGUGCUUUAUGUGCACUAGCUGGUGUGUUGACAAUUGCUCUGCCAGUUCCUGUUAUUGUUAGCAAUUUUGCUAUGUAUUAUUCACAUACACAAGCUCGUGCAAAAUUGCCAAAGAAGCGACGACGUGUAAUUCCUGUUGAACAGUUGUUAGGUCGUCCAAAUCAGCAACCAAUGAAAAAUGACGGUUCCAACAUAAUAUCAGCCUCAGGUGGUCCAAAACGAUCAAAGGAUUUAAUUGGCGCCAAAAUUGGGAAUAUUCCCAUCGGAACAUCAGUGUUGGCUCUAUGCCCCCAAACAAUGCAGCUUCAUAAAAACUUGACAACGGCAAAUAUUCGACAAACAUUUGAUACGACAAAAGGACCAUCAUCAAUUGUAGCAACGAAUAUGAAUAAGAAAUCUGAUGAAAAGUGUUAUUUAUAAGGAUCAAGAACAAAUAACACAAAAAAAGUAUAUUUAUAGACUAAGAAUCAGGAAAGUAGCUAAUUUUCUUAUGUACGAUGAAUAACAAUGAGGGAAUAUUAAUAAAUCUAACGAAGUAUAAAUAAAUUUACUUUUCCCUUCCAACAAUAUUUAUAUUAAAUGAGCAAUAUUUAUAGUAAAAACUGUGACUCAAGCAUUUCAAAUUUACUGAAUAGGAAAAGAGUCUCAUUUUGGGAGAAAAUUUUCACAGCCAGGGAGAAAAAUAACUAAACUUAAGGAUGGAAAUGAAAUAAGUCAAGCAUAUGCUAAAGCUCGUUUAUGAAAUGGUGAAGAAAAAAAAUUUUUUAAAGCUCUCAACGAAUACUUAUUUCUACUAAAUUUGAUACGAAUUAGAUUUUUCAAUUUCCAUAAGAUUUUUUUUUUUCAUGGGGUAAAAAAUUUAUCAGAGUUUGAAAAUGGAAAUUUCGUCAGCAUUUUUGAUGUUUACAUUGAGAAUUAAGGCACAAGCUAGAAGAAAAUAAUAUGCUUAGCAUUUUUAGAAGAAAUUACUCUGUUCCAGUUAUAAAAUCUCGAGAAAUAUCCGAAAUUCCUUAAAAUUUAAUAAACAUUUCUGUGAAUUCUGUAAUAAGAUGUUCUGAGGAGUGAGCAUUGCAAUGACACGGACUCUUAUUAAAGCUUUGUUCUUUAUCAACGAUAGAAAAAAAAGGUAGUAAGCCUCAAAGCUUCAGAAAAUCAAGAUUAAUUUGAAGUGGUUUCUGUGCUUGAAGACUGAAAAAAUAAUCAACAUAGCUAGGAUGGGUGUAAGGAGGAGUGUUUUUAGAAGUGAGAAGAGGUUUGCCUGUUGUUAUUGAAAUGUUGUUCUGAUCCACAAAUAUUCUUCUAGGGAGUCUUGAACCUAUGAUUAAUAUGAGUUUCCAGAUAUCAAAUUUUUAUUCUGUUGUAACUGAACUCCUUAAAUUGAAUCUGUGGACUAAGAAUCUUAUUGCAUAUUUUUGAAUACUUUCCUGACAGCUUCUUAUUAAAGUUAUAAAACUUGAAACUCAUAUCAGAUUUACAAUUAAGAAAGGCGCAGCUUUAAUACAGCAAGUUAUAAAGCAAAACACAUUAUGUUACCAAAAAGGAACUGAUCUUUGAACUCAAUCCCAAAAUGUUUAAAUCAAAAAUACAAACCUGCAAGAUGCUGACAAAAAAUCUAUUUUUCUAUCUCUGAAAAUUUCUGUAACAAUUUAUAUGUAUCAAAAAAAUGGUAUAAUUUCAAGUUUACUCCCAAUUUACAUACUGUAUCAUGUUUAUUAAAUUUAAAUGAAUAUAAUACCUCA